CUUGCUUUACGGCAAAUCGGAUGUUGCUGCAGUAGAGGAACAUGUGAGAAAGUCUAGCUGUUGCUAUUUAAACCUGUGUGUCUAUAAGCUGUACUAAAACUUUUAACUUUUAAGCGCAUAGUAUACUUUAGUUUCCUCCUACUUUAUAUACGCGAACGUAAAACAUAUUAUUCAAAUUACGUUUAUAAAAAACGUAAUGUUAAACAAACAGUAAAUGAGCAGUUAGCCAUCUAUCUAACUACAUAGCAUUUGGAGUGAGCAGCUGUCAGAAAUCUAAUCUGAAGUGUAAGCUUGAUACGUCCUUCAGCGAUGUUUUAUUUCAUCGGUCUUGGUCUCGGUGAUGCUAAAGACAUCACGGUAAAGGGACUGGAAGUAAUCAAGCGAUGCAGCCGUGUUUAUCUGGAAGCCUACACGUCCAUACUGACUGUGGGGAAGGAAGCACUGGAGGAGUAUUAUGGGCGAGAGCUGAUUCUGGCAGACAGAGACAUGGUGGAACAGGAGGCAGACGAGAUCCUCAAGGGUGCUGAUGUCAGUGAUGUGGCCUUCCUGGUGGUGGGAGAUCCAUUUGGAGCCACAACCCACAGUGACCUGGUCCUGAGAGCAGUGAAUGCUGGGAUAAAGUACCGAGUCAUCCAUAAUGCCUCUAUCCUGAAUGCAGUGGGCUGCUGUGGGCUGCAGUUGUACAAUUUUGGUGAGACAGUGUCCAUCGUGUUCUGGACAGACAGCUGGAAACCGGAGAGCUUCUACGAUAAGAUCAAGAGGAACAGGGACAUGGGCAUGCACACGCUCUGCCUUCUGGAUAUCAAAGUGAAGGAGCAGUCCAUGGAGAACCUCAUGAGGGGUCGUAAGGUUUACGAGCCGCCCAGGUUCAUGACGGUGGCUCAGGCAGCCGAGCAGCUGCUGGAGGCGGUGCAGAACCGCCGAGAGCGAGCAGAGGAACCAGCCAUCACUGAGGACACGGUGUGUGUGGGACUGGCGCGGGUUGGGGCCGAUGACCAGGCCAUUCGAGCCGGAUCUCUGCGUGAGAUGGCGGAGUGUGAUUUGGGAGCGCCGCUGCACUCGAUGAUCAUCACGGGCCACCUGCACCCGCUCGAGGUGGACAUGCUGAGGCUCUUCAGCAGCCCAGAGGGUCUCAGAGGCCUGAAGAUGACUGACAGCUCCACCUAUGUCUCCUGAGAACCCAUGCAGAACUUUAAACCCCCUGCUGCCUCAUACCUGGAGCUUCAAGGAAACCACACGAAUUAUGUAUUUAUUUGGUGCCAAGGAAGUUGCAUUACAGUAUGUUGUUUUUGAGUUAAUUAAGUUUUCCCGUGCAGCCGUUGAGUGAAUUACAGAGGAGGAAAUGGUAAAAAGGUCACAGAGAAAGAAGAAAAGGUUUCAUCUGGGGCAAAUGAAUGCCUCUGAAAUGUGAAGUGGUUCUGUAAUUCAAAAUAGUGCAUACUUGGUCUUGUCAUGUGACCAUAAAACAUGUGCAUAUUAUUGCUGCUGGGUUCCCUGCAGUCCCGCGGUUUGUGAUGUGAGCCUCAUGUCGAAUCAAUUCUCUGUGUACAAAAUUUGAUAAAACCAAUUUUCAAAACAA